UUUCAGCUCCAAACCGACGCAUCUAAUUGCAUUUUCAUCGACCGCUCCCCAAAACAUUUCGACUUAAUCCUGAACUUCCUGAGAGACGGUGACGUGGAUCUUCCUGAACAAGGAAAAGAGCUCAAGGAAGUAAGGAGAGAGGCUCAAUUUUACCUGUUGGAGGGUUUAGUCGAUUUGUGUGAUAGGAAAUUGAUAGGAAACAGCAAUUUGUUUGUUGAAAAGUGAUACUGACAAGUUGGAGUUUCAAAUGAAAAGCGACAGGCCCCGUCUUUUGAUCGAAUAUGGAAAGAUAUUGGAUUUGGUGGAAUACCAAAGAUUGGGUUUCAAUGUGUCGGAUAUCAUGGAAAGAUAUGGAAAUCAAUUGCACAUUGCUUUUCAAAAAAAUAGCGACCCAGAAGAGUGUAAAUCAACUCUUCAAUUCAAAACUAACAUAAGAGCCAUCAGUCAGAGAUAUGACAGCUGGCAAUAUUCAAAUGCGAAUAAACAAUUCACAAAAUUCGUCGACGAUUCCCUCGCUUUUAUUGCUGAUUAUGCGGAUAAUGAGGAUGAUAGUGAGAAUGAUACUCAGAACGCGGACCAUAAUUGAAAAGUGAAUUUUUUUGGGUUCAAUCUUUAUAUUGCUUGAAUAAAGUUAUU